UUGAUGAUUACUUCCGGUCUGUCAGUAACUCUGUCAGUCUAAAGUGGGAACACUAGAAACUUAGAGAAGCUGAGUCGGUACCGCCUCACUUGAUCCAAGCAGCCCAACAGAGCCGUGACUUUCCCUCGGACCGCAAUUAGAAGUUGAAAAUGCUGUCGAUGGGUGUUUACCUGGAUCGCUUCUGCUGACCCGUCCGAUGCGUAGUUUCCUAUGGGGGUGGUUACUACGAUGGACCCGGAUUCGGCCCGGCAACCGCAGGGCAAGUUGGGUAAAGGUGGCCACGCGCUAAUAGGGGCCAAUCUGGGCGCUCGGGGAAAGCACUACGUGUGCGGCUCUCUCGCCGCGUUCACCAACAUCAUCGUGACCUUUCCGAUUCAGAAAGUGUUGUUCCGGCAGCAGCUUCACGGGGUCCGAGCGAGCGAAGCCGUCCGUCAGCUGCAGAGGGAAGGGUUGAGACAUCUCUACCGAGGGCUUCUGCCUCCGCUGCUGCAGAAGACCACCACCGUGGCCAUCAUGUUCGGUCUGUACGAGGAUUUUUCCCGGUUGCUUCUGCGUCACGCUCACAGAAGCGGCGCCCCCGAGCUCGUGACGCGGAGCGUCGCCGCGGCGCUGGCCGGGACGGCUGAGGCCGCCCUCACGCCGUUCGAACGGGUGCAAACGCUGCUUCAGGAUCACAGGCACAACGGGCGUUUUAAUAACACCGCCCACACCUUCCGGACUCUCCUGCGGGAUUAUGGUGUGAGGGAGUGCUACCGUGGGCUGGUCCCGGUUCUGUUGAGAAACGGGCCUAGUAACGUUUUGUUCUUUGGCUUGCGUGGGCCAAUUAAGCAGCGGCUGCCUGAUGCACGAACCCGUAUGGGUCACAUGGCCAAUGACUUUGUGUGUGGCGGGCUGCUGGGGGCGGCGCUGGGUAUCAUGUUCUACCCCCUGAACGUGGUCAAAUCUCGAGCUCAGGCUCAAGUCGGGGGCGAGUUUGUUCCCUGCAAUCAAGUGCUGAUGACGGUGUGGCGGGAACGGGGAGGCAGCAUCGUGCUGCUCUUCCGCGGAGCGACGCUCAACUAUCACCGAUCUCUUCUGUCCUGGGGGAUCAUCAAUGCGACUUACGAGCUUCUCCUGAAAGUCUUCUGAAGACCAGGGUGGAGAACGGUGUGCACUUUUUGCAGAAGCAAGCCAAAUUGAGGGGGGGAGGGGGUUAACCUCUUUAAAAGAGGUCUGGACACUGCCAGCUCAACGUCUGCACUUAAAUGGAUGGUUCACCCGAAAAUUAUUUAGUCAUCCUCAUUUCAAACCUGUAUCAAGACAUUUUGAAGAAUUUUGCUAAUUAAAUGACUGGACAAAAAAAUACAUGGAAGUCGGUGAAAGUAAGUCAUGCAUUAGAUAUGAGGGUGAGUGAGUGAGUUUCGGGUAAACUGUCCCUUUAACACUUAAUGGUCUGUAUAAUUAUGGAUGGACAGUAUACAUGUGCUGGUGGUCCAUCCACAUUACUCGGCUACUAUAAGUGUUGUGAAAUGUAUCACCACACGCUGUGGCUCUCGUAUCAGUUUUUGUAGUGGCUCUUUUACUCACUAUUUGGGAGUCUGGGACACAGAUGGAGAAAGCACAGCGUUGCACUACUGACAGUAUGUUUUUGUUUUUUUUGAUGUUUUGUUAAAAGACCCGAUGCACAAAAUCUGGACUGGAGCAUUACAAGCCAUGUGUCAUCGUAAAUGUUCCGUGCAGGUUGCCGAGGGUCCGUAAAUGACCACACAAAGCGAGAGACGUCUGUGCAGGCCCAUGCCGUUAGUAUUUUUCAGAAAAAGUCCAGAUGUAUUCAGCGAUUUUCAUGAAAUGCUGUUUUUAUGUAACAAGUGUUUUGUGACAUGAAUGACAUUUUCACAUUGUUGUGGGUGGAAAGUAAACAAAUAAUUCCACUUA